UUAAAUACAAAUUCGACACUAAUCCAAAGUUAUUGAGCUCGUCUGAAACUGUUCCUGAUAUUGUAGCUUCCGCCAUAUUGCUUAGAUUCUUCAACAAAUAUUGUAGCAUCCAUUUCAGAUCCUUAAAUAAAUACUUGAUAUUUUCAGCUUUGUCGUCCUUUGUCGCUUGAAAUCUUCAAAAUAUUAUGCUCAUCGUCAAGGAGCUGAGCUGAGCUAGCUAGCUCAUUGGUUGGACCUGGUAUCUUCGAUUCAAACCUUAUUUUGUAUUAAGAAAAUUCAUUGAAUAUGAUUAAUUUUGAACCAAUAACUUUAUAAUUUUAGAAUCACAAACUAAUAAACUUUAAAUUCUAACUUCGACGGAUCUUUAAAUGAUGCAUUAGGUAUGAUUACACAGUUGCAAGAUCCAAUCAACAUAAUUAAUUUCGAUCCCAUUUAAAAGUUACAUUACUUUCAAAUUUACAUGCCAAAGUAUAACAGCUCAUUUUCCCUCAAAAAGUUUUGAAACAAAGAAGAUUCACUAAUAAAGUUAGUCGAGACUUCACCACAAAGUAUACAUUCUUUUUUAAAAAAAAUUGAAACUUUAUUUCAAGAUUAUGGCCCCCUAUAGUCUACCCCUAACAAAAGUUGGAAAAAAAAAUUACAAUAAGACUUAUAUUGCCUUAAAAAACAUGUUACAUACCACAAAUUCCAAAUAAUACUUCCCUCUUUUCUCCAAUUAUCUCCAUUUUUGCCAAAAAAAUUAACCUUUUGAUGAUCAAUCCUGGAAAGAACUCAACAAUCUACACUCAAUUAAGCAAUUCCUUGUUCAAAUGGGCUCAUUUCUUUACCUUACUCUAACAUUAAUUUCAUUGUCAUUCACCGCGACUCUUACAUCUCAAGCACAAGGUAUAAAAUCAUCUCGACUACUUGAUCUAGUCCUACGAGACAAUACAUUCCGAUAUUACAACACAAAGAAGUUUAGAACCGCGAAGUUAUACCCCAUACAGUUACCAUCCAAUCUAUCAGGCAUCAAAGUCGAUUCAGUAAAGUAUCGUUGUGGUAGUCUAACAAGAUAUGGUGCAAAAAUUAAAGAAUUCAAAUUGCCAAUUGGGGUAAGUAUUCAACAUUGUGCUGAAAGAGUACUUAUUAUUCGACAAAAUCUUGGAUCUAAUUGGUCUUCGAUUUACUAUGAUAACUAUGAAUUAUCAGGUUAUCAACUCAUUUCCCCUGUUUUAGCACUAUCAAUGUACAAUGCUGGUGACGACAUGGUAACAUCGUCUAAUAUUCCUUUUGAACUGAAUUUUCUAUCUGACAAUACUCCGAUCACUAUUGAUUUUAGUAACACCACAAGUGUAGUAAAUUCGAGUAUGAUCAUACCAUUAUGCGCUAGCUUUGAGCGCGAUGGGAAGGUGAUAGUAACAAAACAAGUGUCGAAAAAUGUAUGCUCUGCUUCAAAACAGGGGCAUUUUGGUUUGGUUAUUGAGUCGCCUUUGAUACCUUUGAAAAAUAAACGCGAAAGUAAGUGGAAAUUAGCUAUUGGGAGCUCGAUUGGAGCUGCAUUGGGCGCGUUUCUAUUAGGUUUAUUAUUGAUCGCGAUAUUUGUGAAGGUGAAGAAGAAAGCAAGGAUGGAGGAAUUGGUGAGAAGAGCCUAUGAAGAAGAAGCUUUGCAAGUUUCAAUGGUGGGACAUGUUAGAGCACCAAUUGCAGCAGGUACUAGGACUGUUCCAACUAUUGAACAUGAGUAUAGUCAUCAUAAUAUUUCUUGAAAAGAAAAAAUUACAAUAUUUUUUUUUUUGUGGAAUAUUAUUCUUUUUGUAAGAUGAAAAUGUUUUUGAAGUUUUUUUUUUAUGUAUUGAUAGAAUUUAAAUGUUUUAGGUUAGGGAAAUAGAGUAAAAUGCUGACAAUUAAUUUGUUGUUAUUUAUCUGUUCUGUUAAAAUGAAGUUCUUUCUAGUUCUUUUGUUCUUCGUUAUAACUUGUCUACAAUGUAGUAUUUUUUUACUUUA